AUUACUCUAAUGACACCACGUGAAUUACGGAAUCAUUCAGGUCGUUUCAACUGCUCGAGAGUGGGUAUAAAACUUCUGUUUCCGAUUACGUAACUACUGGGUAAUAAAAUACAAGUGAUGAGGAAACAGUCGUUUCUGAUAACUGCAUUUUCUGAUUAAAAACUGCCGACGGCAACUCUAACUGCAGUUGAAGUUACCUCUCCGACGGAAGGAGAAACGGAAAUUCAUCGAUCGAUUCUCUUACGUAGGUGUAUGACCCGUCUUCCAUCUCUUUUCAAAAUGUUUUCCUCAAUAGCGAAAGACUAUUCUCAGGUACUUCCAUAUUUUGUGGAUGGAAAAGUAUCCAAAGGAUUUGGAAGAGGUAGCAAAGAAUUGGGAAUCCCGACAGCUAACAUCAAUCAUGAAGUGAUUGAGAAAUUACCGAAAGCUUUGGAUUGCGGUAUCUACUACGGAAUGGCAAGUGUCAAUAGCGGACCCAUUCACAAAGCUGUUCUGAGUAUUGGUUGGAAUCCUUUUUACCAGAAUGACAAAAAAUCGUUAGAAACGCAUAUUUUACAUAAUUUCGAAGGUGAUUUUUACGGCGCCAGCUUGAAACUUGUUAUUCUUGGACACAUCAGACCAGAGCGAGAUUUCUUGUCUGUCGACGAUCUGAUUAAUGAAAUAAAAAACGACAUCCGUAUUGCUGAAGAAAAAUUAGAUCUUCCCGACUAUGAAAAAUACAGAACACAUCCAUUCUUCGAAACAAAUACAACCCAGAGGAACUCAUUAUAGAACUAUUCAAUCCUGAAGAGGUAGGUCAACAUCUUAUGAUGAGAGAAUCGAAAGUAUUACACUUAAAUUACAUGUUAUUGAAACUAAAAUUAUUUCCACCGAAUAUGUGGAAGAAUUAGCUAUAUGUAAUUGUUGGAAUUAUGUUGCAGAGUUUUAUGAAUUGGAUGAAAAUUAUCUUUUAUAUUAGAAAUAAUAAAAGGUAUUUAAGUAUUAGAGUAUAUGGUGUUAAAUCUGUUGUAGGACUGGAAAGUAUGUGUGAUAUUUAAAUUAUUUUAUUUAUAUAUGUUUUUCGAAAGUUUAUUUGUAAAAAUAUUAUUGAUGGUGUGUGUAAUGUAAAACAGUAUACUUAAGAAACAAAAAUGCAUUGAGUAACUUAAUAUUUAAAUUUAAAAAUACUUAUUCUUAUGUAACUAAGAGACUAAUUUCAAAUAUUAUAAACAAUGAGAUUUCUUUUAUGUUUUUUUUAAAAAUAUUAAUAGCUUGCAUAGAAUAGUGUUAAUGUGAUAGUCAGGCUUAUAAAUGUGCUGUGAAAUUUUAUGUUAAAAUUAUGGAAAAAAAAUUGGAAUAAUUAUUAAAUUAACAACAAUCAUUCAUGAAUGUUUUCUAACUAUCAUUAUUAUAUUAUAUAUUCAGUAAUCAACAAAUAUUUGCACAUGCAGCUAAAUAAAUUUCUUAUGAUGUUCAUAUUCAACUUACUAUUUUUAAAAAAAUGUCAAUAUUAUUUUACCUGCCUUAUAUCUUGAUGCCAAUGUUAUUUGAUCUGAAUUUAGUUUCAUUUCAUUUUUUAUCUGUUAGUAUUAGUUAAUCAUUAUAAUAUAUUCUAUAUUUAUGCUCCGUUUCAUAGAUUUAUUGUCUUUUUUCUCUGCUAUUUCGCAUCUCAUUAAAAGUGAAUUGUUCUGAAAGAUUUUAUUUUCAUUGUAGAUUGAUGAAUUACAUUUUUUGAUAUUUUUUAUUUUAUUACAGAUUAAAAUUUAUUUUUCUAGUUAUUUAAAUAAUUGGAAAUUUAUUGGUAUAUGAAAUUAUUUCAUUUGAACAAACUUUUUUUGUGAUGUAAUUUAUGUGAAUAUUUUAAAUGUAUGUUCAGUAUUAUUGUUUUUUACUGAAGCUUACAUAAGUGUACUUACACAAAGGUAAUGAAUAUUAUAUAAAUCGGAACACUUAAAACUUUUUUUGUAAAAGUAUUGGGAAAUAUUUAUAAAUUUGUUAAAGCAAAUGCUUGUAAAUUUUGUUAGGCCAGUUAUAAUAUUUCCUUGUUUUUAUCUUGUAUGAAGUCAGAAAAUAAAAAAGUAUUUUACAUCUGCCUA